AUGGGUCCUCCCGGACGUGCAGCCAUAUCGCUCUUCGGUGUGUUCACCUUGACGCUUGCUGCAUUCUGCUCGUUCCUUGGUUUCGCCUCCAACCCCGACGGCGGUGCCCAGCAAAUUUUCCUCACGGCUACAUAUGCGUUGGGUGGAGGGAAUAUAGUCUAUAGCCUGUGUGCUCUACUCCAGCAUGCGCGCAGCGGGGAUUCGGCAGAAACGGGUAUUUUCUGCCCUGUCCUCAGCACUACCGCAGGAAUUGCAGUCUCUGGGGUACUAGCUGCUGGGUGGGAAGAGGAAAAGGAGUGGCGCUUCUUACUGAGCAUACCGGAGAAUGUCAUGGAGGCCUUUACGUCCCCUGGGACACUUUAG